ACAUGUGUAUAAGUUGAAGAGCAGGUAACAAAAAAAGAUACUCAAAUACAAAAAAAAAAAAUACGUUGUUCGUUCUGUGUUAUUAUUUUGUAAGUUAGCAGUCAAAUCAAAGACAUUUAUGUUAUUAUGCAUUUCUUUUUUUCUCCACAUGUUAGGUAUGUUCCACCCCCUGCUUUAGACUCGGUAGAUACAACUGGACACAGUCAAGAAGUUGUAACAGCUGAAGUAUUACAACAAGAACCAGACGAUGAAAACAGCUUGCAACACAUUUCUAUUUAUGAAGACAUUCAGAGCAUACAAAGUCAAGUAUACCGUGACGAUACAGAAAAUGAAAAUGAACGUGUUGAUACAUCUAGAUCUGGUAGUGACACGUCUUCAGAGAGACCAUAUCUAGAACUUGAACCUCCCAAUACGUAUGAGGAUCUGGAGAAACCUGACCAAGUUGAAAUGCAGACAUAUAGCCAAUAAAACUAUAAUUGUAUACAUAAAAGUAGAAACAAUUUAUAAAAUCAACAUAUUGUUUACUCAUAGUUGAACAUUUUUAAACAACAACAUUA